GGAGAAAUCCAGCGGCCCAUCAGCAGUUGCGCUGAGAGAAGCGAGCUGAGACGUUCUCUGGGCUGGCGGAAAGCGACCGCUGCAUUUUUUCAUUACUCCUCUGCUGCUAAACCCCGCUUCACCCCAGGCAUCAGCACCACAUCACCAGAAAGAAACAGCAGGAGAACAUACUCCCGUUUCCAAAUGGAUUUCGGCUGUGGAUUAUUAUAAAUUUAAUUUAGGCAUCUGGGAAUUGUAUUACACGAAAGCGAUCUGUUUGACCUGAAGCUGAAAACUAAACCAUGGGGCAUAAAACUAAACCAGCAGAAAUCCUUACAUGCUUCAAUCCAGGAAGUCGCCUCAAAGAGAGAUCACAAGACGCAGUUCUGAUUCACUGACCAAACACUGUCAGGAUCACCAUCGUCAUAGCAUUUUCACCAAUCCACUUUGUGUGGAAACUGGAUUUUUCUUGUCUCCAUAGACCUGGCUGACGAGAUUAGACUCCAUCCAUUAUCAACAUUAGAGCUGCCUCUGAAAGAUAAAAGAUAUUGCUCCGUCUCCUUAGACUCUAAAGUAAUCUGUGUGGAAUAUAACAUUCAGCUGAUACACCCUGGAUCUGAACUGUAAUCAAAUGUUAUUAUCACUUUGAGAAUAUAUCCCCAGUUGUAAACCUUCGGUAGCGUGCCCUGCUGUUCUCUAUGAUGGAUCCAAGUGGCCUGGUUGGACAUUUUCUCCUGCUGCUAAGUAUAAUGCUGGGCUUGAGUGUCAGCUUGGAGUUCACUGGCUCAGAAGAUCAGUGGGCUCGCUAUCUGAGAUGGGACGCCAGCUCCAAAAGUGACCUGACAUUUCAAUUCAAGACCUCCCAAUCGGAAGGCAUGCUGCUCUACUUCGACGAUGGUGGAUUCUGUGAUUUUCUACUCCUCUCUUUGUCUGAGGGCAAGCUGCAGCUCCUCGUCAGCAUCGAUUGUGCAGAGACCACCAUCACCUCUGAAAAGAGAGUCAACGACAGCCGUUGGCACUUUGCCGCCAUUAACAGGCAAAAUCUGUGGACUGGCUUAGCUGUAGACGGCCAGACCAAGACGGGAGAAGUCCGGCCCCAACGGCAGUUCAUGAAGAUAGUUAGCGACCUUUUCCUGGGAGGACUUCCGGGAGACAUCCGCACAUCGGCCAUCACCUUGCCCUCUGCCCGCGAGCUUCCACCAUUCAAAGGAAUUAUCACUAAUCUUAGCUAUGGAAAUAAGUUUCCCACGUUAAUCAACAGUCAGAAAGUUCGACUGGAGAUGAUGGGCCUUUGCACGGAGAAUCCCUGUGAGAAUGGUGGGAUCUGCUCUCUGGCAGAUGGAGAAACCUACUGUGACUGCUCCAAAACUGGAUAUGUAGGUCGAUACUGCACUGAAGCAGUCAGGAGAAAACCAGAACUCGCACACCUGAAGGCAGAACAAGGUAGAAGCAAAGCGAGGGAAGAGAACGUGGCCACCUUCCGAGGCUCGGAGUUCUUCUGCUACGACCUGUCGCAGAAUCCCAUUCAGAGCAGCAGCGACGAGAUCACGCUCUCCUUCAAGACCUGGCAACGCAACGGUCUCCUCCUCCACACGGGGAAAUCCGCAGACUACGUGAACUUGGCGCUGAAGGAUGGCGCCGUCUCCCUGGUCAUCAAUCUGGGUUCCGGGGCCUUCGAGGCCAUCGUGGAGCCGGUCAAUGGAAAAUUCAACGACAACUCCUGGCAUGACAUCAAAGUGACACGCAACCUGAGACAGCAAUCAGGCAUUGGACACGCUAUGGUAAACAAACUACAUUGUCUGGUGACGAUCUCCGUCGACGGGAUCCUCACCACCACUGGCUACACUCAGGAAGACUACACCAUGCUGGGCUCUGACGAUUUCUUCUAUGUGGGUGGGAGCCCCAGCACCGCGGACCUGCCAGGAUCUCCAGUUAGCAACAAUUUCAUGGGCUGUCUCAGAGAGGUGGUAUAUAAGAACAAUGACAUCCGGCUGGAGCUCUCUCGCCUGGCCCGAAUUGUUGACCCUAAGAUGAAACUCCAUGGUGAUGUGGUUUUUAAGUGCGAAAAUGUUCCCACGCUUGACCCCAUCAACUUUGAGAACCCUGACUCCUACCUUGCCAUGCCAAAGUGGAAUACCAAACGCGUUGGCUCAAUCUCCUUUGACUUCCGAACCUCUGAACCCAAUGGGCUGAUUCUCUAUACCCACGGUAAGCCUCAGGACCGCCGGGAUGCAAAAGGCCAGAAAAACAACAAGGUGGACUUCUUUGCAGUGGAGUUGCUGGAUGGAGGGCUGUACCUGCUUUUAGACAUGGGAUCAGGCACUAUUAAAGUCAAGGCUACCCAGGCUAAAGUCAACGAUGGCGCCUGGCACCACGUGGACAUCCAGAGGGACGGUCGCUCCGGCAUCAUCUCGGUAAACAGCCGCAGGACACCAUUCACAGCCAGUGGGGAAAAUGAGAUCUUGGACCUGGAAGGAGACCUUUAUUUGGGUGGCCUGCCUGACAGCCGGGUGGAUCUGGUGCGCCCCACUGAGCUCUGGACCGCCAUGCUCAACUACGGCUACGUGGGCUGCAUUCGGGAUCUGUUCAUUGAUGGACGCAGCAACGACAUAAAACAAAUAGCUCAGUCACAGAAUGUGACCGGCAUCAAGUCCUCAUGUAGUAAGGCGACAGGGAAACAGUGCGACAGCAGCCCCUGCAAGAACAACGGGGUGUGCAAGGAAGGCUGGAACCGAUUCAUCUGUGAUUGUACUGGGUCUGGCUUCUGGCAUAGCACCUGUGAACGAGAGGCGUCCAUCCUGUCUUUUGACGGCAGCAUGUACAUGAAGAUAGUGAUCCCAAACAUCAUGCACACGGAGGCCGAGGACGUCUCCCUCCGCUUCAUGUCCCAGCGGGCGUUCGGUCUGCUCAUGGCCGCCACGUCCCGUGAGUCUGCAGACACUCUGCGGCUCGAGCUCGACAGCGGGAGAGUCAAACUGACGGUCAACCUAGACUGUGUCAGGAUAAACUGUAACACCAGCAAAGGCCCUGAGGUCCUUUAUGCCGGACAAAAGCUCAACGACAACGAGUGGCACUCAGUGCGAGUGGUCCGCCGUGGUAAAAACUUCAAACUCAUAGUGGAUGACGACAUGGCCGAAGGUCAGAUGGCGGGUGACCACACCCGUCUGGAGUUUAGCAACGUGGAAACAGGCAUCUUGACAGAGAAACGUUUUGUUUCAUCAGCACCAUCACCCUUUAUUGGUCACCUUCAGAGCCUCAAGUUCAAUGGUUUGCAGUAUAUUGACAUGUGCAAGAACGGAGACAUAGACUUUUGCGAACUCAACGCCCGAUUUGGCAUGCGCUUCAUCGUCGCCGAUCCCGUUACCUUCAAGACGAAGGGCAGCUACCUGGGCCUAGCCACGCUGCAGGCAUAUACCACAAUGCACCUGUUCUUUCAGUUCAAAACCACCUCACCUGAUGGGUUCAUCAUCUUUAACAGCGGAGAUGGGAGCGACUUCAUUGCAGUGGAACUGGUCAAAGGGUUUAUCCACUACGUGUUCGAUCUGGGGAAUGGACCCAGCCUGUUGAAGGGGAACAGUGACAACCCACUGAAUGAUAAUCAGUGGCACAACGUGGUCAUCACGCGGGAUGCUGCCAACACGCACACACUCAAGGUGGACACAAAAUCAGUGACUCAGAAUGUCAACGGAGCGAAAAACCUCGACCUUAAAGGUGACCUGUUCGUUGGUGGUUUGGGACCCAACAUGUAUCAGAAUCUCCCCAAGCUGGUGGUUUCUCGUGAGGGCUUCCAGGGCUGCUUGGCCUCUGUUGAUCUCAACGGCCGCCUGCCAGACCUCAUCAAUGAUGCCCUUUUCCGCAGCGGGCAGAUCGAGCGUGGCUGCGAAGUUGGUUUCACCAAAGCCGACCUACAAGGCCCGAGCACCACCUGCCAGGAGGACUCGUGUGCUAACAUGGGCGUGUGCAUCCAGCAGUGGGAGAACUUUACUUGUGACUGCUCCAUGACGUCUUACACGGGGACCCACUGCAACGAUCCUGGCACCAACUACAUCUUUGGCAAGGGUGGGGGCCUAAUCACCUACACGUGGCCCAACAACGAGAGGCCAAGCACGCGGACGGACCGGCUGGCAGUCGGCUUCAGCACCACCAUCAAAGAUGGCAUUCUGGUCCGCAUAGACAGCGCCCCACGCCUGGGGGAUUACAUCAUGCUCCACAUUGAGCAAGGCAAAGUGGGCGUGACUUUCAACAUUGGGACAGUGGACAUCAGCGUCAAAGAAUUAACCACGAUGGUAAACGAUGGCAAUUACCAUCUGGUCCGAUUCACCAGGAAUGGGGGCAACGCCACCCUGCAGGUGGACAACUGGCCGGUCAAUGAGCACUUUCCAUCAGGCAACAGCGACAUUGAGCGCUAUCAAAUGGCAAAUAAGAAAAUCCCUUUCAAAUAUACCCGGCCAGUAGAAGACUGGAUUCAGGAAAAAGGCCGGCAGUUGACCAUCUUCAACACCCAGGCUACCAUCUCUAUUGGCGGGAAUGACCGAAAGCGGCCCUACCAGGGCCAGCUCUCUGGCCUCUAUUACAAUGGGCUCAAGGUGCUCAAAAUGGCCGCUGAAGGCCACCCCAACAUCAAGGUGAAUGGCAGUGUGAGGCUGGUUGGAGAUGUGCCCACUAGCCGGGGUGCAACGCGCACCACCACAUCAGUGCCACCAGAGAUGUCUACCACCUUUAUAGAGACCACCACCACCCUGUCUACCACAACCACCAGAAAACAACGCUCUCCACCCACCAUUCAGACGACAGAUGACAUUGUUUCGUCCGCCGAGUGCUCCAGCGACGACGAGGACCUGGAGGAGUGCGACUCCGGACACACAGGAGGGGAACUAGUCAUCCCCAUUCUAGUCGAGGACCCCAUAGACAUCCCUUCUGUAUCCAGCCGUUCACCCUUCAUCCCCUUCCCCCCAACCCUCCGCCCUGUCCUCACCAUUAUCGACACCACCAAAGAGUCCUUGGCCAUGGCCACUGAGGCGGGGGUACCUUGCUUGCCGGACCGAGGCAGCGAUGAUUGUGAUGGUGGUGAUGAUGGUGAUAAUGAUGAUGAUGAUGAUGAUGAUGGUGAUGAUGGCAUGGUGAUUUCGGGGUUUGGCUCUGGCGAAGCUUUCGACUCUAGCCUGCCCCCAACUGACGAUGAAGAUUUUUACACCACCUUCUCCCUGGUAACAGAUAAGACCUUGACUACAUCGGCCUAUGAAGGUGGCUACAAAGCUCUCGCACCCAAGUGGGAGGCCAAGGACUUAAGGCCUAGCAAAGCCUCAGAGGCAGGUAGGACUACAUCCACCUCACCUCUGCCUGACAUCCGGGCCAUGCCACCAGUGGCGGCCCCCUCGGACACACCGCCCAAGCUUCCCGCAGGGAAAAUGGACAAUCGCGAGGUAAAACCCCCGCAGCCGGACAUAGUCCUGCUGCCCCUGCCCACAUCCUUUGAUGUGGACGGCACCAAGCCAAGUGGUCCCUUCAUCACCUCGCCCAUGCUUCGCACAGUACCUGCCGCCUUGCCCACAGUCCCUGGUGUGGUGAGGCGAGUACCGCCGGGGGUAUCGGAGGUGAUCCGGGAAUCGAGUAGUACCACGGGCAUGGUUCUGGGCAUUGUUUCAGCUGCAGCCCUCUGCAUCCUCAUCCUCCUCUAUGCCAUGUACAAGUACAGGAAUAGAGACGAGGGUUCCUACCAGGUGGACGAAACACGCAACUACAUCAGCAAUUCAGCACAAACCAAUGGUGCGGUGGUGAAGGAUAAAACACCCAGUGGCAGCGCCAAAGGCAGCGCCAGUAACAAGAGACCAAAAGACAAGGACAAGGAAUAUUAUGUAUAGAAAUCAGUCAUUUCACAACAUAUAAAUAAACUCUUUGGAACAAAGUUAUGAACAUUUUGACAGUACCAUAUUGGCAACUGUGAUUUACAAAGAACUAAAUCUUGUGAGAAAACAAAGACUCACGGAGCUAAUGAAUCAUUUGCAAAAGAACCUUUGGCUUAUGGAAGCACACUUACUAUUGUAAGCAUUACAAAGUGACAAUGCAGUAAAACUUCAUGGGGACUUUUUUAAGGAGUCCCUGCUAGAGACAUUUGGCAGCGUGAAUUAUCACUCAACACCCACAUGACCCUCAAGUGACUGUGAAGAGGUGUGUAAUCCUUGGAGUUCUGAUGACCUUGUCCAUUGUAACCCUGUAAAAUAUGAUCACUGUCAUUUCUGGUCAUUCUGAGCAUGCAUGUGAGGUGUAUGUGACGUGGUGCCGGCAUCUGUUUAAGGGAGACACCUCAAAGAAACCACGAUUGUCAGGAAAAGUAGGAAGUCAAAACCUGAUUUUGCUAUUCAAAUGGUUCAUUAAAUGUAGCUUUCAUGGACGUGACAAAAGGUAAAGUAUGUGCUAGGAGCUGUCUUUUGUAUUUCCAUACCUUGUUUGACUUUUUUAAUUUAUUUAUUUAAUUUGUUGACUUUAAAUCUGUUUUUUUAAGAAUGUAGUCAACAGUCAGGGUUGACUAGACAGCGGCUGCUCAGCAGGAGUAGAACACUCAUCUGAACAAUAUUCUGCUCCCUUUUUGUGUCAAAGAUUGGAUCUCUGUUAUUGCAAAUUCAAAAUGGUGCUCAAUCGUGCAAGAGCAAAUCAUCCCAGCAAAAAAGAAAAGGAUCAUGCAUUGUGCUUUUUUUAUUCUUUGGGUUUUCAGAAUCAAGCAUUUCAAAACCUUGGCAGUGUUUUCCUUCCCCUUCAUUUCAGUUUGUGUCCAGUUGUUUCUACAUUUACUUACAUGUUGUGGUAAAAAUGGGUCAACAAAAAUUUUGGCUAGAAAGAAAAAGUUUAAAAAAUCUACGGCAGCGUAUUCUUACAGCUAAGUAUCAUUUUUUGGGACAAGAAUGAAAAAAAAAAAGUUUACAUGCUUUAUUACAUCUAACCGUUGUGCUUUGGGGGGUUGAUAUUGUACACAAAACUCAAGUUUCUCUUCAUUUUAUAUCAUUUUCAUGUGCGGACAGAAGAUCUGACUUGGUAUUUUUUGCUGUAGCAACAUGACACAAAAAGCUUCUCCCCCUUGUCCUGGAGUGAAGGAAUGAUGUGCACAGGGAGUUAGUCUUGGUAGAUAAGAAGUCUAGUCUCUCUGGAUGGUGUUUCUCUUCAGUUGCAUGACUAAUUGACCAUCUAAAGCAGCUAGCCAACCAGGAAACACCUCCCACAGAUGUUGUGUGAGGGACCUGUCUCCUUUGAAGUAACUUUUUGUUUAUUUUUUUAUUGGGGAUAAAAAAAAAAGUAUAAGAUGAAUAAAGAUGGAUUAUGGUGGAUUUGGAGACCUGUGCUGGCACCUUACUUACAUACAACUGUUUUUCUUCUGCUUUUUAAAUUUUCUGUGAUGUCAGCAUCUUUUCUGUUCUGUCUGUUUUUGUACAGUUCAUCCAUGUCUCAUCUAUACGACAUUAUGUUCUGGUAGUUUGUCCCUUUUUUUAAUGUCAUUAUUUAUUGUUAAAUUUAUUAGUGUUCAUUCAUUUUAAUGUAAAUCAAUCAGUGUGUAUUUUUACCCUUUGAUUUUAUUUUUAUUUUUUUGUGUGUUUUAACCAGUUAAUUAUAGUCUUUUGCUUCCUUGAUUUCAAACAAUUCCCAGAAAUAAAAAGAAAAUGCUGUUUCCAAA